CCAUAACAUUGUCUUCCGGCUGUGUGUCAAGCCCUUCAGCAGCAGCAGCAGAAGCAGCCCAGCAGCAUCAUCCCUGCCCAAGAGAAGCGAAAUCCAGCCGUCAUCACAGGUGUCCGUUUUGGAUGUGGUUGUGUUAACAAGUCUCCAGAGACGAGAAAAGAAAAUAGAGACCAUGUUUUAGAGACCCCGUGUUGGCAACCCAGUUUCUACAAUGAACAAUGAAGACGAGUUCUAUGAUGCCGUCACAGGCUUGGAUUCAGACGAGUCGUGUGAAGGCACGUCAGAAGCCAGUUUUAAAGAUGCUGUAGUGUAUGACAGCGCUCAGAAGAACAAUGGAGCGGUUCCUCAGGAGAACGGAAUUAAGAAGCACAGGUCAUCUCUUCCUGCCCCCAUGUUCUCCAGGAAUGAUUUUAGUGUAUGGAGCAUUCUCAAGAAAUGCAUUGGACUGGAGCUGUCCAAGAUCACCAUGCCCAUUGUGUUCAAUGAGCCCCUGAGCUUUCUACAGAGAAUCUCUGAGUAUAUGGAGCACACAUACCUCAUCCAGAAAGCCUGCUCACAGUCUGACUCUAUAGAGAGGAUGCAGACGAUAGCUGCCUUCGCUGUGUCUGCAGUCGCUUCUCAGUGGGACAGAACUGGAAAACCUUUCAACCCACUUUUAGGAGAAACCUAUGAACUCACACGAGAGGAUCAGGGUUUCAGACUAAUCUCAGAGCAGGUGAGUCACCAUCCGCCAAUCAGUGCGUUUCACACUGAGAGUCUGACAGGCGACUUUGUGUUCCAUGGCUCCAUCUACCCCAAACUCAAGUUCUGGGGCAAAAGUGUGGAGGCAGAACCUAAAGGGACCAUCACGCUAGAGCUUCACAAGCAUAAAGAGGCAUACACAUGGACAAACCCUUUCUGCUGUGUACACAAUAUAAUUCUUGGUAAACUGUGGAUUGAACAGUACGGCACCGUAGAAAUCGUCAACCACAGUACUGGAGAGAAAUGCGUGCUGAACUUUAAACCCUGUGGGAUGUUUGGAAAGGAGCUGCACAGAGUUGAAGGUUACAUCCAGGAUAAGAGUAAGAAGAAGCGCUGUGUGAUCUAUGGAAAAUGGACAGAGUGUAUGUGGAGCGUCGACCCACAGGUGUACGAGGCCCAUCGGAAGUUUGACAAGAAAGGAACGACGGACACUAGAAAACAGAAACAGGAGGAGACAGAAUCCGUCAACGAGGAUGCCGAUGAAAUGCCCGAGGUACAGGAGACUGUGGCAGUGAUUCCUGGUAGCACAUUAUUGUGGAGAAUAUCAUCUAGACCACCUUAUUCAGCAGAGAUGUAUAACUUCACCAAUUUUGCCAUGACGCUGAAUGAGCUGGUGCCUGGCAUGGAAGGAGUGCUGGCACCAACAGACUGCCGCCUACGGCCUGAUAUCAGAGCCAUGGAGAACGGCAACAUAGAUGAAGCCAGCAGAGAAAAGGAGAGACUGGAAGAGAAGCAGAGAGCAGCUCGUAAAGAGCGAGCCAAAGAUGGCGAAGAGUGGUCGACUAGGUUAGUUUUGCUCCUUUUUAUAGUUUUUGUGCGUGUUUGUUAUGCCCAUUUUUUUUUUUUAACCUCUCCUACUGUUUUCAGGUGGUUUCAGUUAGGCACAAAUCCAUACACAGGAUCACAGGACUGGAUUUACAGUGGCGGCUACUUUGAUAGGAAAUACACAGACUGUCCUGAUAUCUACUGAUGAGGAGGUGCAGAUUCAAAGGGCAAAGAUUUUGUCACCUCCUCCUUCUCUCUUUCUCUCACAAUACAGCAACCCUCUACACGAUGCUCACAUUAACACAGAGCUGCCUCCAUCUUCAGCACUUGUGUUUACAAUUGUGCUUUUGCCCUUUGGAAGCGUCUUCUCUCACAUCCCAUCGACCUUUUAGGUUUCAUCAGUGGAGGAACAGCAGUAGGAGAACCAGUUUGCCUUUUUCUGCCUUUGAACGUACAAACCCCUCAUCAGAGCUCUAGUCAGUGACGCUGGAGCUCAAUAUAGAUGUAGUUAUAUCACCAAUUCAAUGUGACUCUGAAGUGCUCUGGCCAUUUUCCAUGUACAGUAGGUGUUAAACGUUUUGAGUUGGGCAAGCACUGAGCCACCUCUGAUCCAGCUGUAAGUAGAGCGUAAAGGUGAUCAAGCAUUAAUGUAAUAACGACAGUAAUAAUGUUUAGUGAAUGAUGAUGAAUGUUAAUAAUGAACUAUGGGUGCGUGUAGAUGUGUGUGUGGCAAUUACUGUAAAAAGCCAUAGAUUUUGUUUUAAUUGGUACAAUAUUUUGCUUUCAUUCAAAUUAAACUUUACAUAAAAUAGCCUCAUCGUGCGUUCAUUAUGGUGAGGUGUUUUAAAAAUGGCCUCAAAGCUUUUUCUUUAUUCUUUCACUUCGCAGAGACUCAUGGGAUGUAAAAUAGGCUGAUUGUACCGACAUUAAUCUGUUGUUUCAUAAUGCUCUGUUGACAUACUGUAAAUGCACAGUUUGCUGUCACACUAAAUUGUUCCUCGAGCACUAUCUGUUAAAUUUGUUUUAUGAAAAGUAGUGUCAUAGGUUGUUCUGUCCACUGGCAUUUGCAUCUGUUAUCACUGUUGUCAAACAUAGACAUGUACACUGUGUAUUUGAGAAACUGACCAAAUCUAUGCAACUCAUCCAACUGCUCAAACCCAACCUCUUAAUGAACGUAUAGAAUGGCAGCUUAUGUAAGUGUAAAUAUAACAUGCAUCUCAUCUGAGAGAAGAUUUCCUGCCUGUAGAUGCCAUGAAAAGUAUUUGACAUCUAAUCAUAUUCUCAUUCAGACUAUAAAAGCGAUUCUUUUUAUGUAGAGACAAAUGGGCGGGUUUGAAGCACACCGAUGCAACCGUUGUUGCUCUUCUCAAGUACACAAAUGUGUUUUAUUUCCCACAGUGCCUGACUUUGAAUUCGUCUGUGAGUCACUAGUCUUAAUCUUGAGAUGUUUGUAUUUCCACUUGACGGUGUUUUAAGUUUAUUGGAAUAUUUUAUUUGGUUUUUCUAACCACCUCUUGUCAGAGUACUAAACGUGCAACAGGAAUGGCAAGAUAUAGUCUGCAUCUAUUAGAUACACGUGACAUUCAGUACACUACUUGUUUUGCAUCCUGUAUUGUAUCUGUUUCUUCAUUAAAUGUACAUUUGAUCAUUUGAAAACUAGCGUUAUAAAACUAAUAUUCCACAAUUAAACUAUAGAUUUUAUUUUUA